AUGCCCGGAUCCUACCCUCUUGAUACGCUCGAUGAGGUUGUGGAGGCUCCAGCUGCUACGGAGCUGGCCCCCACCCGAUCAAAGCCGACGUCGUCAAUCUCCACUGGGGAAGGCCCGAUCAAGCCGCCUGCUUCUAGGCCGGCUCGGGAGGAACCAGACUGGAGUUGGCUGAUUGUCGACCGGCCAACACACGGGAGCUUGCGAACUGGUACUCGUUCGCACCUCGAUGUGCUGUUGGCCCAGCGUGAGGAGCGUAGACGGGCAGAGUCGGCGCUCAUAUCCUCUCUUGGGGGGCUGCAGGUCACAGCAGCCUCUUGA